AUGUACGUACUGCUCCUGGAAUACCUCCUCUACUGGGCUCACAACGUGCUCUGCUUCACAAUUGGCAUCAGUUGUUCUUCUUCUCCGUCUCAACACACUCAACAGACUGUCGAAAUAGCAUUAUUCGGAGGAGACGCCCCCUCCGCAGCCGAGGAGACGACUUAUUACCACGGUCUCACUGCUGCAGGCGGUAGCAGCAACGACCCCACCUACGAAGCGCCGCCCAUCUCAUGGAGGAGUGAAGGUGGAGACGGCGGACAGUCUUCUUCUUCAACGUUGUUGCCUUCAACUUCUGCGUCUUCUUGUUCGUUUUCAUUUCCUUCAUCAUUUCUUUUACCACAACAACGAUCUUCUUCUUUUUUGACAUCUUCUUCACCGUUACUUUCCUCGUUGAAAUCUCCAACAUCUUCUACUUCCAGUUCUUCCCAUCCGUGCGAUCACUGCGAUUCGUACGUGUGGCAUGCGACAUCGUGUCUAGCCACAACAUCACUCAUCCUCUUCGGACUCGCCACCACGCUAACCAUGCUUAAAGUGGUGCGAAACUAUUCGAAAAAGUCGGAACGGAAAUCCGAAAGCUCCCGAGCGGCGGCUCAACAAGGUGGCCAACACUCGUCGAUCUCACAACAACACUCGUCGAGUCAGCAGGCGAUCGGUGGUGGAGCCGGCGGUGGACAGAAUUCCAGCUAUUAUGAGGAGUACUCGCGGAAUGGAGGAGCUGCUGGAGGAUACGGUAACGGACAUGUCGUCGGAUCAAAUGGCCAAAUGAUACAUCAUGCCGAUAAUCGACAUCUGUCGAAUGCCGUUCAGACACAUCAUGGCGGUUUCUCGGAGAGCUCGAGCUAUGAGACUCGUGAGCACUUUGAGAGAAAAGUGCAACGAGUGAAGAAGACACGCGGAGAGAGAGAACGUUCCAGAUCAAUGAGGAGAGACGAGGUCUCCGAAGCGUUACAUGGAAGCGAUGCGACAUCGGCGCGCGACGCACUGCUUCAAUGGGCGCGAAAGGUGACCGCCGGUUAUCCUCGUGUGAAUGUGAACAACUUCUCGAGCUCGUGGCGUGACGGACUCGCCUUCAACGCAAUUCUCCAUCGAUACAGACCGAAUGCUGUCGAUUGGAAUAAGAUCAGCGACGAAUCGGUUUCAAACCGUGAACGUCUCGACAACGCGUUCGCCACAGCCGAACGUGAAUUCGGCGUUUCACGUCUUCUCGAUGCCGAAGACGUCGACACGAACAAUCCAGACGAGAAAUCGAUCAUCACCUACGUCUCGUCUCUCUACAAUGCUCUUCCCCAUCUGCCAGAGCUGAAUAGACUGCAAAAAGUGCAAGAAGAAUACAUCGAAGAAGCGUACGAAUGGAGGGAAUGGGUGGUUCGAGCGAUUCAAUUGGUUGACGAUCGUCUUCUUCAAGGGACGGCUUCAGAAUUAAUUUAUGAAUUACAACGAUUCAAAGAUGACGAUUUACCGCCGCGAGAUGAGCAAAAGAGACGACUGGUGCUCGUUUAUGAGCAUCUUGAGAAAAUGAUGAGAUCCACUGAGCUAUUCGCGAUUCCUCAUGAGCUCAGCGCACCGGAAUUGCACAAAGUUUGGAUGGAAUUGCUCCAGUCGAUUGAUCGACGAUUCGAUGUGCUGGAAAGGCAUCGGGUACAGGAGGGAAACUCCAACGACAUCAUCAGUCGUCUGGAGAGAGGCAUCGGAAUCGUCAACGAGAAGCUCGACUUGAAUCUGAAGAGAAUCGAAGACGUCGAGGCACGUGUCGACACAUCACCACCAGCAGCCGUCGAGCGUACCGUCACCGAGAUUGUCGACGAUUUGAACGCUCUCGAAGCGCCGAUCGCUGGAUUCUUCGAGGACGUCGAAGAGCUGAAGACGAUGCAACAUCCAGAAGCGAACGACUUCUAUCGUCGGGUCUACGGACUCCAUCAACGACGAACCGCCUAUUUGGAUAGGUUGACGAAUCAGAUUCUUGUCCGCCUUGGCGUCAGAACCGACACGUUGCAUAAAGAGAAUCAACAACGUCUGGAGAACAUGCGACAGACGUCGUUCAGUCGUGUCGAAGAGUGCAUCGAAUGGGUUCGUGUGAGAAUGGAGAAGUUGACGACGAUGGAGUUUUUGGAGGAUUUGGAGACGUUGGAGCACGUCUUCGAGCAACACAAAUUGGACAAUCGAGAUAUUCAAGAUUUCAGACAGAAUGUUGAUGAAUGCAUCGCCCGUCAAGCUGAAGUCUCCGCUGAGGACACUUAUGAGUAUUGUGAGCUGUUGAGAGUGUUGGAGAGUGAAUAUCAACAAUUGAGAGAUUUAUCGGCUGGAAGAAUGCUUGAUUUGGACUCACUUAUUGCAUUCGUAAGAGCUGCUCAACUGGAACUCAUUUGGGUUUCAGAGAGGGAGAGAAUCGAGGUGACUCGUAAUUGGAGUGACAUCAAGCAACUCGAUCUGCCAAUGCUCACCAAUUACUACAAGCAACUUCUCCACGAAAUGGAGCUCCGCGAGAAGCAAUACAACGAUGUGCAUAAUCAAGGAGCGGCUCUUCUGAAUCAAGGACACCCGGCGGUUCGAGUCAUUGAGAUUUAUCUCAAAACGAUGCAAACUCAAUGGGAUUGGCUGUUGGCGCUGAGCAAAUGUCUUGAGGAGCAUCUGCGGGAUGCGUUGAAUUUGAAGUCGUUUAUGGAGGAGGCGGCCGAUGCGGAGGCGUGGAUUGAGGAGCAGAGCGCAAGACUGGAGAAUAACUAUAAUCGGACGGAUUUCUCGCUGGAGGAAGGAGAACGAUUCUUGAGAGAACUUGAUGAGAUUAAGGAGAUUCUGAAUAAGUAUCAUCAAGUGCUGAUGGCGCUUACAGAGAGAUGCGCUUCGAUUUCUCCGCUCUGGCAGCGAGGAGAACGGAUUCCGCAUCCGAUGAAUGUGACGGCUCUCUGUGAUUAUGCGGAUCAGAAUAUCACUAUCAAAGCCGGAGAUGAUGUCGUUCUACUCGACAAUUCUGAUUUGAUCAAAUGGACUGUUCGUGAUUUGUCGGGAGUCGAGGGACAAGUUCCGUCCGUCGUAUUCAGAAUUCCACCACCGGAUGCUCGGCUCACGGCGUUCCUCAAUCGGCUACUUCAACAAUUUGAGAAGUUGAAAAAGUUGUGGGAGAAGAAGCAUCGAAUGGUUCGAUUCAAUAUGGUUCUGAACACCAUGAGAACUAUUCAAGGAUGGGAUCUUGACACAUUCAACUCAAUCGAUCCGGAUCAACGUGACGCCAUCAUGAAGGCUCUCAACGACGACGCCUCAAAAUUGCUCAGCGAGUUGGAUCCAAACGAUCCAUUGGCUCUUCGUCUCCGUGAAGAACUCCGCAAAACGAACGAACACUUCUGGAAUCUUCUCAACGCCUCACAGAAGCCACCAGAGCCCGAUUGGGCAUCUCAAUACGAUCAGAAAAUGUCCGAAUUGUUGAGAAAACUUGAAGAAGCGUGGCGUCGGCUGAAUGACGCCGUCGGAAAGCCAAUCUCCAACACUCCAGAAGACUUGGAACGUGUCAUUCAUGAGCACAAACGAUUCGAAGACGCACUUCAGGCGCUCGAUGGAGACGUCGCCAACGUCAAGGAGCUGUUCCGUCAAUUGCCGAAUCCGACACCAACUCAGAGAGUCAAUCAUGAUCGUUUGAAUGGAUUAUGGGAUGAUUUGUGGGAUUUGUCGAGGAUGUACGUCGAGCGAAUCAAGGUAUUGGAGUCGGUUCUGAACGGAAAGGUCGAAGUCGCUGACAUCGUGAAGCAGCACGAGAUAACGUUGAACUCAUUCGACGAUCUGCCGGCUGCGCUCGACAAAUUACGCGGACAUCAUUCGCAAUUGCUCGAGAUCAACAUGGUCCUCAAGCAACAACAAACUGUCAUCGAUCAACUCAACAGAAAUGUGGCACUUCUCCGUCAACACGUCGCCAGAACUCGUAUCAACGAGGGACACCACCCCGACGUGGACGCAAUCGAAGACGAAGUGCAACGACUGAACGUCCGAUGGGAGAACGUGAAUUCUCAAAUCGCGGAACGUCUUCUUGCCGUGGAACGUGCUCUCCAAAUCCAAAUGGUCUAUCGAUCGGAGUACGAGACUGAAAUGAAAUGGCUCGACGAUGUCGAGGAGACGAUUAAUCGACUCCGUAAACCAGAUGAGCUCCGCCCAGAAGAGUAUCAAAAACAGUUGGAUCAACUCAUCGGAAUGUAUUCACACCUUCAAGAACACACUCAAAAUAUUGAAAAUGUGAAUAAAGAAGGAGGCAGAUUCAUUCAUGAGGCAAAGAUAUUCGAUGCGAAACUCGGACACUACUCGGAUACUAUCGUUGGAAUUCAUGGAGUCGAUGUUCGUGGACUCUUCCGACGAUCCAAACCACAGCCCAAGAAUGGAGCACAAAUUGUCACCGAGGAGUUGGAGCUCCUAAACCGUCGCUUUGCUCAACUCAGCUCGCUGAUUCUUGAACGUCGCAACACAAUGCAAGUGCUCAUUCAGAAUUGGAAACGUCAGAAGGAGGAAGAAGAAGACCGUCGUCGUGCCGAAGAAGAAGAGAAACGACGUGCGUUUGAAGUGGCACGUCUGAAGGCUCUCGAAGAAGCCGAACGUCUUCGUCGUGAUCGUGAAGACGCCGAGGCUCGUCGUCGCCAAAAAGAUGACGCCGAUCGGGCACGUCGCCUCGCCGAAGAGGCCGAACGUGCGCGUCGUGAAGCCGAAGAGGCGGAGCGAAGACGUCGUGAAGAGGAGGAAAGGAGACGGAGAGAGGCUGAAGAGAGGAAGAGACGGCAGGAUGAAGAGGAUAGAAGACGUCGGGAAGAAGAAGAACGGAGACGUCGAGAGGAGGAGGAGAGGAGAAAGAAACCCGUCAUUGACCUCAAAAUCCAGAAGCCCACGAUCAAUCUCGAGCCAAUCGUCACCUCACACGGAGAUGAAUGGGAAAUUGUGGACCCAAUCGGUGACCGUGCGAAAAUCAGUGAAGUCGAAGACGAAAUGCAGACAUUCGCCGAGGAAACGAUCACGAGCACUCAAUUCUACGAAAUGGAAGGCAACUUGAACAAGAAGACCGGUGAAGUGCUCACUUUCUUCGAAGCAAUUCGUCAAGGAAAUCUGACAGCCGCUGGAGAAUACUUUGACGUUCCAUCAGCAUCCAUCAUGUCGCUGGAGGAAGCCGCAAAGUAUGGAUUGGUUGAGAAGGAUCUCGCUACAGUACUCGGAACACGCUGGGGAAUCCAUCAUCCGGAGACUGGAGCACCGAUCACACUGUCGGAGGCAAUCAACAUCAGAUUGUAUGACCCAACUGUCCGACAGUUCCGUGAUAUUAAGACCGGAGAAGUGUUGUCGCAAUCCGAGUUGAUGUCGAAGGGAAUCGCCAAUAUGGAGACUGUGAUGAAGUUGAUUAAGGAGAAGAUUAUGAAGUUGCCACCAACUUCACUCUCAUCCGCUUUGGAGAAGGGAAUGUUGAACCCUGUGACUGGAAUUUUCAAGGGAAGACAUACCGAUAUGGAGUUGGAGCUAUGGGCCGCCAUCUACCACGGCUACCUGUCGAUUGAGAAUCCAGAACACGUGACAUCCGUCGGAAUCUCGUUGACGGACACCAUUGAGAACGGAUUCAUCAAUGCGAACAACGCGGAGUUCGUCGAUCGUAACACCGACGACAAGUUCACUUUCCGUCAGGCGGUUGCCAAAAAGGAUGGACGCAAUGUACUCAUCAACAACGAUACCGUUGAAGUGGUGAAUACCUCAGAGGGCGCCAGAGUGUCACUUGGUCUCGCGCUGGUCAGAAAUGUUAUCGGCGUGAAAGAUGGAAAGUACACUCUCACUCACUUGACGGAUCGCAAAAGUAUAUCGUUGAAGGAGGCUCAUCAAGACGAUCUGAUCGGAAAGGCGAUGACACUUGAAGAAGCCGCACGCAAAGGACUCGUUGAUUCUACUGGACACUUUGUGGAUCGAGGAAUCCAAGGACGACGAUACACGCUUCUGGAGGCUAUCGUCGCACGACUCAUCGAUGCGGAAGUCCGCCAUAUUGUUGAUCCGGAUGAGAAUGAUGUGAUCUCGAUUUCGGAGGCUAUGGAGAGAGGACUCCUCUUGCCGAACGGAAAUAUUUGUUUGGUGAAGCAAGAGAAGGAAUUCACAAUUCCGGAAGCGGUUCACGAAGGACUUCUCACCAAAAGAGUCCGUCACUCGAUCUUCAAUAUCCGAGGAAUCCGAAACACUGAGACGGAGGAACAAGUCAGUUUCAAUGAAGCUGUCGAAGCAGGAAUCAUUGUUCCAAACGCCGAGAGAGUUGUGGAUCUCCGCACCCAGAAGUCGUACUUGAUCAGCGAUGCUCAAGCCAAGUACUUGAUCGAGGAUGCUCUCCACGAGCUUCUCACCACUCCAGUCGGUAUCAAGAACGAGCGAGGAGCGUUCGAGCUCAAUCUGAUUCGCGCUGUCUCCAGUGGAAUCAUCGAUCCAGUCAAGGGAGUUUUCUUCAACAAGAACACCAAACACGAGUUGUCUACCAAGGAAGCUUACGAACAUGGACUCAUCACUCUUCGUGGUGCACUCAAGGUCUUUGGACUUCUCAAUGUUCCACCCGCAUUGAUUACUCCAUCGAAAAAGAUCGACCGCAAGAAGCGUAUCGGACGUCCAGGAGCAGGAGGACUCGAAGUUGGAGAGAACCAAGUCAAGGUGACCAUCGCCGAGGCUAUGAAGCAAGGACUCAUCGACUCGAGAACUCAACGUUACCGUCAAGGAGACAUCAACGUCUCGUUGGAUGAAGCGUUGAGCCGUGGACUCAUCGACCCGGCCAGCGAAUGGAUCAUGCCAGAUCGUAGUAAGGGAGUCGGACCGACCAUCGAGGAGAAGACCACCGAGACGAUGACAGAGACCGGACAACAACUUGCUCCAAAGUACUUCCCAGACAAGAAUAUUGAGGAGUCGGUGACUACUGUAAAGAGAGUCAGAACUACGGAGACGACAGCUCUCGGAGGACCUGGAGGUGUAUCGGUCUACCGAUCGAUCACUGGAGGAAAGGGAGCUCUCGAGGUGCCAUCCAGAGGAUAUCAUAUCUAUGAGGCUGAAAGAAAAGGAUUGAUUGAUUUGACUAAUGGAAAGAUUUCUGCUCCAAAUGUUGAAAGAGUGUUGAGCUUUGCUGAAGGAAUCGAGCUCGGAAUCAUUGAUGCCACGACGAUCCAGGUUUCAUCAUCUGGAAGAAAUAUGUCUGUGAAGGAAGCCCUUGAGAAGAAGAUCAUGGAGUCUGAUGGAUCGGUUGCUGGACGCAACAUCGAGAAAGCUAUCGAGUCGAAGAUCAUCAUCAUCGACGCCGAGCCACUCGUCCCAUACAACAACCAAUCCAAGAACAUCAUCCAAAUCCCACCAGGCAACGGACCAAUCAUCAGUUUCCGUCAAGUUGGACAACCAAUCAUCGAAGAAUCCACUCAAUCGUGGGAGUUCGAUAGCCAGCAAGGAGUUUUGAUCGAUAACUUGACUGGAGAGAAGCUCACGUUGGAAAGAGCACUGGCGACUGGAAAACUUGCUCCAGAAGACAUUUCGAUUCGUGACGGACUCACCGGACGUGAAAUGACAUUCGAGGAAGCCGAGAAGUGGGGAAUCAUUGAUUCGAAGAACCGCUAUUUCGUGGAUAAGGCUCAAAACAAGAGAAUGAGUUUCACCGAAGCCGCCCAACAGCACUACAUGUAUCCAAAUGGAGGAGUUCCAGAGAACGCCUCUGACGCUGUUCACACCACUGUCAAAGUGCAAACGCGUACCGCUGUCGCCAAGAAGGAAGCGCUGUCAUCUGGACUUCCACUCUCCGAUGACACUCUCGGAAAGGCGUUGGCUCUUGGAUGGUACGAUGGAUCGGCUGGAACAUUCACUCAUCCGGAUACCCAGAAGAAGAUGACAUUGAAGGAAGCUAUCAUUAAGGGACUCUUCAACCCAUAUGAUACCACUAUCGUUGAUAAAAGAUCUGGAAAAGAGCUCUCUUUGUUGGAAGCUAUCCAUGAAGGAAUUGUGGAUGACACUGCUGGAACUGUCAAGGAUACUCAAACCGGAAAGACUCACAAUCUGUUGGAAGCUGGAAAUCUUGGACUUGUCAAGGGAAAGAAUUUUGGAGACACCCUCGAUUCUAGCUUGUUCUCUGGAAGAUUGGACCUUGGAACUGGAAACUACACCCGGCCAUCUGGAGGUGGCAGCAUGCCAAUUCAUGAGGCUAUCAACCGAAACUACGUUGAUCAGAGCUCCGUGUCAGUGCGUGAUCCAUCAACCGGACACCAAUACUCUUACCAUGAAGCCGUUGAGAGAAGAAUCGUCGAUCCGGACAGAGGACUGAUUCAUGGAGGAGGAAACGAUUCCACUAGCUUCUCGCAAGCUCUCACCACCGGACACCUCACAUCAUCUGGAGCCGGCGGGCGUCCAACAUCAGGAAAUCAGCAAAGACUCGUCGAGCAACGCCUUCAACUCACCCCUUUUGCUCCAAGUAAUAACGGAGUCAGAAGCCGUGAUGGACGUCACGAACUCGUUGAUCUUGGAGGAGGACAACAAGUCCAAGUGAAAGUUGUUCGUGGUGAAGGAGGAGUCGAGAAGGGAGAGUACAUCGAUCCAAACUCUGGAAUGAAGUUCACUAUUCAAAUGCAUGGAGAUCCAGUGGUAACUGAGACAAAGACCAGUGUCAAGUCGACUUCGCAAGUGCACUCUGUGGAGCUUGAGCCACAUGCCGAGUUUGUUGGAAUCGAUCGAGUCAGAGAUAAGAGAAAUAACCGAGUUAUGACUCUUGAGGAGGCUCGCAAACUCGGAAUCGCCAAGGUUGACAAGAAAGGAAAGCAGAUGACGAGAACCUACCAAGUCUUCCGAUCCAACAUCCAAAAUGCUGUUAACAACGGAGUCAAAGAUUCGAACGACGAGAAACUCUCUCUCGAAGAUGCGAUCCGUGCUGGAAUUGUCGAUAUCCGCUCACUGACCUACCGUCAUCCAAAGGAUGGAGCUAUCGAUUUGACGCAAGCAGCGAAUCGUGGACUCAUUGAUGUCACUCUCUCCGAAGUUCUCCCCAAGGGAAUCAUCCAUCCGGGAACUGGAGAACGAAUCGAUAUCAAGAGAGGAAUCGAGUUGAGAAUAAUCGACGCAAGAACUGGAGAAGUGAGAGAUCCAAGAAGCAACGAGAGAAUCACUUGGUUGGAUAUUCUGAAGCCAGUCUACCAGGCUAUCGCCACUGAUGGAGUCUUUGAUCCAACGAAAGGACACCAUGUACCAGUUACUUCUGCGCUGAACGAUGGGCUCAUCAAUGCUGGAACUGGAAACUACAAAAAUACGAUCACCGGAGAAGAUGUGCCACUCAAUGAGGCUGCUGAUCGAGGACUCAUCGAUAGAUCCACCUAUGAGACCAUCACUAAGCCAUUCUUCACCGAUUAUCGAUCGAAUCGAAAGUUGAAUUUGGUGGAAGCUGUUCGUGAGAGACUCAUCGACCCAAAGAACCGAACCAUUCAACUUUCCCGUCAAUCCAUUGUGCCGAUCGCCAAGGCUGUGCAAGAUGGAAGAAUUCCUCUGGAAAUUGGAGAGAAACUUCGCAGAGUUGACAAGCUCAACUUUGCUGAAGCUCUCGGAAAAGGUCUCAUCGACUCGAAGCAGAACGUGUUCACAGAUCCAGACACUGGAAGACAGAUGAGCAUUGCUCAGGCUAUCCAGGAAGGUUUCAUCGAUACUGGAAGUGUUCAAGGAAUCGAAGGAAAUGAUGAGAGCAACCUUUUCAAUGUUCUCGAAUCGUCCGACUUUGAUGAGAAUUCUGGAAGAAUUUACGACAAGAAGUCGAGCCUUCACUUGACAUUCGCUGACGCCGUCCAUCGUGGAGUCAUCGACGGAGACUCGCUUCUUCAUCUUCAAGCUUCUGGAGACCUUCUCACUCUUCGUGACGCUCUCCAUCAGAAUAAGAUUGAUUCGAACGGAAAGUUUGUCGACGGAGGGUCCCGUAUCAAGAUCAGCGACGCCGUCAAAUCCGGAAGACUUACCGUCAUCGCGUCACCAUCAGAAGCCGUGCAAGCGGUGACCGAAGGUGUGAAGCGACGUGACGCCGAAGGAUACAAAUUCAAGAUCACCGAGUACGAAGACGCUCAAAACCAACGUCAAUCGGCUCCAAAAUUCCGUGAAACCACUACCGUAACCAAGUUGACACCACAUUACAACGAUCCAGGAUUGUCGGUGAGAAUGCGUCAAAGCACCACUUCUAUCGGAGAUCGCGCCAGCAAAUUCAUCGAAGACCCAUCUCAACUCGCUGAAAUUCAACAGGACUUCCUCUCGAGCCUGGAGGCCGCCCAAUUCGACACUGACGCCCGAGUCAUCGAGAAUCCACAAACCGGACAACGUGUUUCGGUUCGUGAAGCAGCGGAAACCGGUCUUCUCGACGUCCAAACCGGAGAAAUUGUUCAUCCAGACAACGGACGACGCUACUCGAUCCCACGUGCCGUCCAUAUGAAACUCGUCGGUGGAGACGCCGCGAAACGACUAAUGGAGCAAUUGAACGUCCCCGUUGAGGAGAUCGGAUACGCCACCCAGACAAUCACCUCAUCCACUCACUCGGCUCAUUCUCCAGUAUUCGCCACCGCUUCUGUAUCCUCCCAUCAGCCGGGAACGUCAUCUUCUGGAGCCGCUGGAGCCGGAACGACGACUCGCGAAUACACCCGAACCAUCAACUGGCACGGUCAACCGUCCGAACUCAGAAACUCGAAAACCGAUCCGCUCGCUCCGUACACUUCUGUCACCUCAAAUGAAAAUGUGACGCAAGUCGUCUCGUUCCGUGAAGCCGAAGUUAACGAUAUGAUGGGCGAUUUGACACGUUUUCGACAGGAAAUAUUCACAACUCAUCUCACAUUCAAUCCGAAUACUCAAUCAGUCGAUGCGGCUAGCAAGAAUGUUCAGAAAAUGAAAGAAUCGCUUGACUCGUGGCGUGACAAAAUCAAGGAACGACUCGACGCAAUCGACCAGUUGUGUCGUGAAGAAGGCGAUUCGAUGACUCCCGAACAAUAUCAAGCACUUCGAGAAAUGAGAAGACAGUUGGCUGAUGAGUAUGAGACUGUGCUGCGAACGGUCGAGGGAAUUCAUACGACACUCAACAUCCUCUCAUCUCUACUCAUCGAAUUCUCCUCCCUCACAUCAUCAAUGCAAUCAUGGAUGACUGAUAGAACACGUCUCGCCGGUGACAUUCGUCACAAAUCAGGGGAUUCUCAGAAGUCUGACGACGCCAGAUUCGAAGCGAAGUCUCUGAUGGAAGAAGUGAUUCGAGAGGAGUCUCGUCUCAAAACGAUCGGCGCCUCGGUUCUCCGCAUUGAACAAGAAAUCGCUGCGAUGUAUGAUGACGUGCGAGCGAGUGGAUCAGAUGACGUGCCGAGUGGAAUCUCAGUUGACGAAGUGCAUGAGACGAGACGACGUGUGGAAGACGACUAUUCUCAACUUCUUCGUCAAUGUCAAGAUUUGAUUCAAUUCCAGAAUCGAGUUCACGCGAUGAACGACGAGCACUCGGAGCAAGCGAGACGAGCGGACGAAUGGCUUCAGACGCUUCAGAAAGAGGUAGAAGACGUGGAGACUCAACGGAUUCCAGAUGACGAUCGAAUUCAGCGAAUCGAGGAGUUGAAUCGAAUGGCGGCAGGAGGAUCGUCGCAGUUGGACGAAGCGGAAUCCGCAUCCAGACGUCUUCUGAAUGCACUGGAAGGCACUAAUGUGGCGGAUGACGUCCGAAAGAGACACGAGCAGUUGGCGAAUUCUAGAAGAGAACGUCAUCAGGGAGUGAUCGAUCGUCUCCAGCAGAAUAUGAUGGAAGCGGCGUCCCGGAAAGCAGCCGCUGAAGGUGUCAAACAGGCGGUGGCGAAUUUGAAGGCGUGGAGUCAGAAGACGUCGGAGAAGACGAAACGACCUGUAGAGCUGCCACUGACAGAGAUCGCAUUGCAUGAAGCGCGACGCGAUGAACAAGUGCUUCACGGAGAGAUUGAGAAUCGGCUGGCACUUGCUGAGGAGUUGGAGAAGAAGGCAGAAGAUGUCGGGGAUUCAGAAUCACUCGGGGAGUUGCAUGAGGUGAAGAGACAGUUGAAGAGGAGUAAUUCGGAUUUGAAGGGACAUCGAGACAAUAUAUUCGAUGCGAUCAAUGGAUUACAGACGGUGAAUAGUGAGGCGGAGAAGUUGGCGAGAUGUGUGGACGCUGCUGGAGCGAAGAUUCGGAAUUCAAGACUGCCGGAAGCGGAGACAGAAGUUGGACAGCUUCAGAAUCAAGCAGAGAAUCUCGAGAAGAUCACGAAGAAUCUCUGUGAUAUCCCGAAUGUCACUCAGACGGAGCCGGUGAUUCAGAAGACGAGAGAUCUCCGAAGACGUGUGGAUUCAUGUGCCCAGGAGUUGGAGGCGAAGAAGGGAAAGGCUGCGGAGCUGGAAUCUCUUGAUGCGGACUUUGAAGGUGCCAAGAAUCAGUUGACGAGUUGGAUUGGAGCGUUGGAUGAAGAGAUGAAGGCGCUUGAAAAGGUGUCUAUCAACCGGGAGAAGCUCGCGGAGCAACGGAAAGAGAUUCAGGAACUGGCGGAUAGACAGCAGGAGGGACACUCCAAAUUGGACGAUUUGGAGGCGAUUGCGAUGAAAAUUAGUGGAGCAUCUGAUGAGAACAAAGCUGGAAAUGCACAACGACAGGUUUCGGAGCUCUCCGGACGACUUCAACGACAGGCAUCGGAGCUCAAGGCUCGAGGUGAUAAGAUUAAUAAGUUGGACGGGAAGGCAACUGCUUUUGUCGACUCGGAGCGCGCGGUGUUGGAGUAUAUGGAGAAGAGAAAAGAGCAACUCGAGGGGCUCCCAGUGCCGGUGACGAAGGAAGGUGUGAAAUCGCAGUUGAUGGAUUUGGAACGGAUGGAUAAGAGUGGACGGGGAGAGCAAAGACGUGUUGAGGAGACGAGAUUGUCAGCGAGAGAAUUGGGAAGAGAGGCGUCGAUUGAUACGGAGGCAAUGGAGAUGGCGACGAAGGAGAAGAAUCUGACGGAUCGAUGGGAUGAGCUUGCGGAUGCGUUCGAUGAGGCAAGAGAGAGAACGAGGAAUGCGGAGAAGGUGUUGGAUGAGUGUGCACAGAUUGAGAAGUGGAUUGGAGCCAAGAAGAAAAUGGUCGAAGCGAUCGGAGCACCGAGUACUGAUCAAGCGGUGGCCAAGUCGCAGAAUGGACAGAUUCAACUGAUGAAAGCGGAGACGGAGGGCGAAAAGACGACGUUGGAAGCGGUGAACACGUUAGCGAAUGAGCUGAUGUCACGGGCGGCCGAUAAGCAGAGUGUGGAGGAGUUGAUGGGGAAGAUGGAUGCGUUGAAUCGGAGAUGGCACUCGUUGGAGAGUGGAUUGGAUGAGAAGGCGGAGAGAGUUGAAGAGGCUGCGAAAUUGGGACGAGAGUUGAGGGAGAUUCAGAAGGAGUUGAGAAAAGAGCUCAACGAACUCGAGUCGAAUGUGGAAAAAGCGUCUCGCAUGUCUCCAAACGAUAUCGGUGACCAACUCGCCACUCUCGAUUCGCUCAAAUCGCGUUUCGGCGGUGUCGACAAAGCGCUCGGCAAGCUGAAAACAAUUCUAGAGGCAACGGAAGAUCUGGAAGUGGAUGCAACGAAUCGAGCUGAAAUUCAAGAGCAACUCGAGUCGACGCAGAAGAAGGCCGACGAGUUGGAGAGGAAGAUUGAGAAUGUGAAGAAGGCGGCGUUAAACGCUCAAAAUGAGGGAAUGGAGUUGGAAAAGAGGCUCGACGAGCUCAUCGGAGUCGUUAGUUCCGCUGAAAAUGAGUUGGAGCAAGCGGCGCCGAUAGCAGCGGACUCGCAGAAGCUUCUGGAAGACUCCAAAAGAGCGGAGGCUCUGUUCCAGCAGCUUAUAGAUCACGAAGGCGAUGUUUCCCUGUUAAGAGCAAAAGUCGCCGAGGAGCUCAAGAAGAAACCAGACGCCGAGUUGAAGAAAAAACUGGAAUUGUUGAAUUCGAAGUGGCCGAAAGCUCUCGGAGCAGCCAGAGAUCGCAAGGAUUUACUCACGAAAGCCGGGGAGUUGGUGAAACAAUUUGGGGAGUCGGAGCACGCUUUGGAGCAACGUCUUCAAGGAGAUCAACAAGAACUCGAUGGACUUUUGAAUUCAGAAGACCCGGAAGCGUGUGACGCGCUGAAAUUGGUGGAGAUGACGAUGGCUCGUCGUCUGGCUGACGUUGAUGCCCUUAACGCGAUCAUGAAUCGAAUCGAGGCGGCGGCGCCCGGACCGGACGCCAAUCGACUCAGAAGACGUGCCGAGAAACUCGCUGAUGACGUCAAAUCGAUGGCGAAGAAGGCGAGGACGGCGGCUGCGGCUGCUCAGAGAAAACACGACUUCUCUGCGAAAUUCGAACGACUUGUUGACGAGAUUCGGCAGUUUUCGGAGAAUCAGAAGGCUAAAAUUGAAGAAGCCGUUGAGAAGGAUCAGAUGAAUGGCGAGAGAGUACAGUCGAAACUCAACGAGAUCGAAGACUUCUGGUCGCUGAAAUCGCGUGAACUCAAAGCAGUCGGCGACGAGAUCAAAAAGGACGGCUGCUCCCCGGAUGACGCUCAAAACGUAGAUCAAAAAAUUGGCGAUCUCCAAUCGGGAAUUGAUGAGCUUCUCGCGAUUCUCCAUUCACAAAGUGAUCGAUUGGCUGAGAAGAAAGAGGCGGCGGAUCAAAUUCAGGCGGAAUCUCAGAAAGCGUCUGCGAAAAUCAAUUCGCUCGUCGCAGAAAUCGCAGAUUUGGAUCCGAUCGGACGGAGUCGUGAAGAGCUUCGAAAACAGAAGGAGGAGAUUCUGAAUCUGAAUGGAGAUCUCGAUUCGGCACAGACGAAAGUGAUAGAGCUCGGAGCUGAGUGGGAAGCGGCGUUGGGUGCUGGAAUUGUCACGCAACCCGCUUUCGAAACGAAUCGAGCGAAUGCCGAUGAGUUGAAUAAGCUCGCCGCCCGCGCCGGAAAACGUUUGGCUCAACGUGAGAAGAAACUCGUCGAAACCGAGGCAGAAAUCGAUAAACUUCACGGCGAUGCCGAUGAAAUUGUCGGAGCACUUGGAGCAAUCUCAUUAGAUGAAUCGAUUCAGAAUACACCAUCUCAACAGCUUCAAGACCCGAAACAAGUUGCGGAAAAAGUGCGAAAGUUGAAGGAAUCGUUGAAACCCGUCGGCGAGAAAAUGGAUUCGUUCAAUUCGGACUGUAAAUUGAUGAUCAAGACGGCCGGACCGGAAGCGGACACGAAAGAAUUGGAUUCGCUGUUGAAGAGAGUCGGUGACGCCUACUCUGACGUCGUCGGCAAGGUUUCUGAUAAGGAGAUGACAGUGGAUGCGGCAGUUCAGCAACAAGGAAAAGUGGAAGACGCGUAUCGAGCUCUGUUGAAUUGGCUGGAAGAGACGGAGGAGAUGAUGGAGAAUCAGAAGAAACCGUCUGCUGAUGCGAAGGUCGCCAAGGCUCAACUUCAUGCGUAUGAGGUUCUGAUGAAACAUGUUGAGGAUAAGAAACCGAGUGUCGAUGGAUUCAAAACGAUGAUUGAGAAGAUGGUGGAGGGAGGUGGAGCUGAUGGAUCUGACAGGAAAGCGUUGCUCAAUAAGAAUCAAGAGAUUGAUGAUCGUUAUAAGGAACUUCUGAAUUCUGCUGUUGAUCGACAACGGAAACUUCUAGACGCUGUGGACUUGGCUGAACGUCUUCAAGAAUUCACGAUUCCCCUUGAUCAAUGGCUCAUUUCCGCUGAAAAACGACUUCAGGGACUUGCAAAAGUUCCGAUUACGGUAGAAAAGGCGCAAGAGAUGCUCGGGGAGCAGGAGGCGCUGCAAGAGGAGCUCGCCUUGAAAUCCGAUGAUUUAAGCUCGAUUUUGGAGUUGGCGCCGAUGUUGGCAUCGUUGGUCUCUGUGGAGGAUGCGAAUGUGAUUAGUGGACAGGUGGCACAGUUGGAGUCACGAGCGAGAGCACUGGAUGCCGGGAUUACUAAUAUGAGACCGUUGCUUGAGAGCUUCUUGCAACAGAUUCAGGACUUUACGCUUGAUGAGGAGGAUAUGACACGAUUCGUUGGGGAGACAGAGAUCAAGUUGAGUGAUUUGGAUGAGCUGCCGAUUGAGCCGGAUGACUUGGUGGAGCAGACGAAUAUACUCGCGGAAAUCGCUGUUUCGAUAGCUGAUCGGGAUGAGAUGAUGGCGAAUAUCUUUGAAGUGGGGAAACAGUUGGCGAUUCAAGGGGAACCGGAAGAAGCACUGAUUGCACAGAAAAGACUGGAUGAUUUGAAGUUUAGAUAUGCGGAUUUGAUGACGUCGGCGGAUGAGAAGAUAGCACUCCUGGCCAAGGCAAUCCCGCUUUCUGAGGGUUUCCAUGAUGGAUUUGACAAUGUUAUGCAAGUACUGGAAGAUAUGGAUAGAGAUCUGCAGACGAUAGAUGAAGAAGAUCCGGAUACCCAGGCAGAAUUGAUAUUCCUUCUGGAAGAAGACAUCUCGCAGAAGAUUCGCCCUGGAGUUGAUGAUCUUACUGUAUUAUCAACACAACUUCAGGCGCUUUGCUCUGCUGACAAGGCGGAUGAGUUGUUUGCCAAUACGGUGGCGAUGAAUAAGUUGGUGAACUCGGUGGCGGAUAGAGUUGCACGACGAGCCGAGAGAAUUGAGAUGGCGUCGAAACAGUCGAGAGCUGUGCUCGAUGAUCUACAGUAUCUGAUAGAGUGGUUUAGUGCGGCACGGGAGAGGAUUCUGGAGGGAGCGUUGCCAUCGUUGGAUUUGGAGUGUUUGAAGAGUCAGUUGAAGCAUCAGAGGAUUAUAAACGAGGAAGCCGGCGCCAAUAAAGUGCAAUUCAGAAAUGUUGCGGGAGAGGCGAAGAAGGUGGCGAGACAGUUGGGAAUGGAGGGAAAUGAGGCGAACGAUAAGAUCUCGGACACGGUAGACGAGGGGAAGGAGUUGGUGGAAGAGGUGAUGUCACUGUGUGCGGAUCGAACGGAGACACUGGAAAGAGCACUGGCACUCAUGGAGCAACUUACGGCUCAGUUUGAUGAGUUGAAUAAGUGGUUGGAUCAGAUGGAUGGAGAACUUCAAGGAGCAGCGUCAGUGACCACUGCGACGCCGGCUGCGGAGUUGAGAGAGAUGCACGAUCAUAAUGAGGAGUUGGCGAGAAGUGUGGCUGCGUAUCGACCGAUUAUAGAGGGAUUCAAGUCGGAUGUCGGUGCUCUGGAAGAGAUUCUUGCGGAGGAUCAAUCGCCGUUGUUGGAAUCGGUAGCUGGGGAGCUUGUACAAGGAUAUGAAGACGUGAGGGAGGCGGUGAGAGCGAGAGGACACGCGAUUGAUAAUAUGAUGGGAGCGACGAUUGGAUUCGGAGAGCGGUUGGAGACGUUGGUGGCGAAUCUGCAAGGAGCAGCUGAUCGGUUGAAGGAGAACGAGGGGAUAUCGGCGGAUCCGAGUGUGUUGGAAUCGAGGCUAGCCGAGAAUCGAUCGAUUGUUGAGAGUUUGAAGGAUAAGCAGAAUGCGUACGAUGCGUUGAAACAGACGGCCAAUGAGUUGCUUGCGACGGCGCCAGAAGGCACUGGAGGUGAUGUGGAGAAUAAGUUGAAUCGGUUGGAUAAGUUGUGGAAGGAGAUUGAACGAGAGGCCCUAGACCGAGGAGUCGUACUUGAAGACGUGCUUGAGAAGGCGAAACACUUUUGGAGUGAACUUGAUUCGUGUCAGAAGGCUGUCGAUGAUUUGAGGAAUCGGCUGGAGUUGGUUGAGCCCGCCACGGGACAUCCGGAGCAGUUGGAGGAGCAGCAGCAGAUUAUGGCGCAGGUGGCAAACGAAAUGGAACGAACACGUCCUCGAAUCGAAGCACUCAGUAUCGCUGGCCAACAACUCGCCGGCUACGUUCCAGACGACGAGAAGGCUGUAAUCGAGAGUCAAGUGGCGAAUGUACGUGGCGGAUUCUCGACGAUCACUGGAUUGUUUGCUGAGAAAAAGAGAGAUUUGAUUGCGGCGAUGGAGGAGGCGAUGGCAUUCCACGGAGACCUUCAAUCACUUAUGAAAUGGUUGGAUACGGCUGAGGGACGUCUUCUGAAGAUGGCACCCGUUGAACACGCGAAACAGAUGACAGAGAUUGGACACAUGUUGGAUGAGUUGCAUAGAUUCAAAGACGAAGUGGACGAACGAGGAGUGGCAAAAGAGCAAGUAGUCGCGACGGCUCUCCAACUCGCCGCCGACGCCCCGCCCCAUUUGGCAGCUACCGUAAGACAACCGGUGGCCGAGUUGAACGGAAGAUGGACUCGUCUGAAUGCGGCACUCGCUGAAAGAGAGCACAAAUUGGAGAACUCGAUGCUCCAAAUGGGAAAAUUGGCGGAUGCGAUUGCUCAACUCACCGCUUGGAUGGAUAAGACAAAGACGACACUCCGAGAAAUUGCUCCACCGAAAACAGCGAUGAAUUUGAGGGAUAUCGAGAUUGCUCAGUGUAAACUCGUCGUGUUGAGUAACGACGUUCACGCGCAUCAACACAGUGUGGAUACUGUCAAUAACGCCGCUCAACAAUACAUUCGGACAUCUGGAGCAUUGGACGCUGAAACUUCUGAAAAACUCGGGGAGAUGAAUGUGAAAUGGGAGGAGAUUCAGAAGUUGUUGAAAUCGUUGGCCUCUGAAAUUGAGAUAUCGAAGAAAGAGGCUGAAAAUGUGGGCGGAGAAGUGGAGAGAUGGCAGAGAUGGUUGGAGGAAACGGAGGCGGCGCUUCAAUCCACGAAACCCACUGGAGGAUUGCCGGAGACUGCCGAAUUUCAGUUGGAUGAGUUUAACGCGCUCAAACAGGACGUUGAGACGAAUUCACAGCCAUUGGAGACGCAUUUGACGGCGACGGAGAGAUAUUUGAGAGAGGAGGAGACGCAGGGAGAAGACACGUGGCUCGCCAAAACGCAUGCGACGAUGAAAACGAAAUGGAGCAAGGUGAAAGAGUUGCUUGUGGAUCGAGAGAAGAAGUUACAGUUGGCUUACGAGCAGGCUGUCGCGUUGGAGAACGCGUUGAACGAUAUGGAAGGAUGGAUUGUUGACGCCGAACGAAAACUGACAGACCUUCCACCAAUCUCACGUCUUCCGGAACUCAUCGAAAAGCAACUAUCUGAACAUGAAUCAUGGAUGGACGAAGUGGCUGGAAGAAAGACAUCAAUGACACAACAUCAAGCGUCGGGCGUCCGAAUGCAAUAUUAUUGUGAGAAAAAGGACGCAAUUCCGAUCAAAAAUCGUCUCGUUUCACUCAAACAUCGCGUCGAAAAGAUCGCCGGACGAAGUGCCGAACGUGCGAAACAAUUAGCGACGACACGAGACGAAGUGGCGACGUGGCAAGAUGGGCUCCACGAGUUGGAGCAUUUUGUCGCCGACGUGCUCGAGCGAAUCGCCGUGGAGCCUGGAACGACGAGUUCGUUGGAUAAGUUGAAGGCGAAAUUGGAGGAAGUGAAAGAGGCGCAGAGAGAUGUGACAGGCAAACAGACACUGUUCGAUGUGACGAGAAAACGAGGGAUCGGAUUGGCGGAACGGGCGACACGAUCGGAAUAUAAGCAGAUUGCGAUGAGCAACGAGAAGAUGAGCAAGAGAUGGAAUGAGAUGAUCAAGAAGUUGAGGGAUCGACUCAGGGAGGCGGAGCAAGCGGUGUUGGAGGGCGGAGUCUUCGAGGAGUCGAUGAACGAUUUGGAGACGUGGGUGGAUGAGGAGUUGCAGAGAUAUCAGGAGGCGGAGCAUCAACCGGUAUUCGGAGAUAUCGAUGUAGUGAGACAGUUGGUGGAUGAGGAGACGAGACGGGCUGCCGAAAGAAAGACGAAAGAGAAUGGGGUGAAGACGGUGGUGAAGAAGGCGGACGCGUUGUUGGCUUCGGGGGUUGAUGAGAAGGAUUCGAUAGCGCAGGCGAAGGAACGACUUGUGGAGAAGUGGCAGAAAGUGGAGGAGGCUGCUAGACAGAGAGGGGAUAGUAUUAAGGAAGCCGAACAAGCGGCUGAAGAAUUCGACGCGAAAACGCACGCUCUGCUCGAUUGGCUUGCCGUCGAAGAGCAAAAGCUGAAGAGUGCCGGAUUGAAUGACGUCGAGACGGUGAAGGCGGAAAUGGACGAAGCGAAAGAACGAUACGACGGAUGCCUUGAGAAAGGAGACGAGAUUCUGACAAAGUGUCAACCGUCGGCUGAACCAAUUCUCAGAAAUUGGAUGAGAGUUGUCGAGGCGAGAUGGAAAGAAGUGAAGGAGAAAGUUGAUGAGAGAGAAUUCGCACUUCUUGAAGAUGAGCAGAAGGCUAAAGAGCACAAUGAACAGAUUCAGAAGUUGGCGAAAUUCGCGGCUCAGAAGAGAGAGGAGUUGAAUAAGAUGAUUGAGAAGCCACCGGCUCAGGAUCUCGAAACAAUGGAACAAAAUCUCCGCGAAUUCGGCGAACUCGAUUUUGAGCUCCGCGAGCAACAGCCAGAAGUCGACGCGGCGUGUAAAGCAUCGAAAAAGGGCGGAGUCAGGAAUGCGGCUGCAGAAAUGUUGUCGACGGAAUGGAAGAAAUUGUGGUUGGAUGCGAUGGGAUUGCAAUCGUCACUCGACAAUCAAAAGGCACUUUUGGAAGAAAUGAAACGAUUGGAAGGAUGGAAAUGGGAGGAUUGGAAAGAGAGAUAUGUUGAAUGGAAUGAUCAUGCGAAGGCGAGAGUCUCCGAUUUAUUCCGACGAAUUGAUAGACUUCAUACUGGAAAUGUGCCGAGACAAGUGUUCAUUGAUGGCAUUAUUGGAUCCAAAUUCCCAACAUCCCGACUUGAAAUGGAGAAAGUCGCCAAUUUGUUCGACAAAGGCGAUGGAAUGAUUAACGCGAAAGAGUUCAUAAAUGCACUCCGAUUCGAUUCGGCUAAUAGAAACGCGAAGCCACAAACCGACACUGAGAAGAUUACCCAUGAAAUCGAACGACAGAAGAAGACGUGUAGUUGUUGUACACCGUAUCAGAUUGAGAAGAUUUCAGAGAAUCAUUAUAGAUUCGGUGACACUCAUAUCAAACGAAUGGUUCGAAUCCUCCGAUCGACAGUAAUGGUUCGUGUCGGUGGUGGAUGGGAGUCGUUGGACGAAUUCCUCCAUAAACAUGAUCCAUGUCGUGCAAAAGGACGUCUCAACAUCAAUAUGUUCCCAGAAUCACGUCCGACACACGCACUCGACUCAAUGAGAGCAUUCACAAAGAAUCGACACGCAAAGGAGAUUCCGACGACUGGAACACCCGGACCAAUUAUGAAAAUACGAGAGAAAACUGAUCGAAGUGUUCCGAUGAGUGGAGGACUCGGUGGAACUGCUGGGUAUACUGUAACCACUACUCCAGACCACCGCCCGUCUCGAAUCCCGAGGGCACCGUCUGAUAUGUCGGCUGGAAAAUUGAGUCGAGUGGGAAGUACGUCCAACUCGAAGGGAUCUCUAUUCGAUUCGCCGUCACGGCCAGAUUCGAGAGCGUCGUCUGAGGCUGGAGACAAGCAGCUGCAGACGCAGACACAGACGAGAAUACCAUCGUUGAGAGGAAGAAAGGGGCAGAGAUACACUCCACAACAGCACGCUCCCGGAUGCUCGUCUCAAUCAAAAAAUAAUUAA